AUCUUGCCCAGCCGAGCCCAUCUUGCCCAUGGGACCAUUGGGCUAGUAACAACACAUUUUCCCCAAGUUUGCCCACGUGCAACCAUCUCGCCAACUUCCCACGGUCGCGUCUCCUGGUUGAGCCCCUCCAUUGCACCUGUGCCUCGCACGAUGUUGCCGACCAAGGGGCCGGUGAAGAGCAGGUCCAAAAGAGGCUGCUGGACGUGUCGCAUCAGGCACCGCAAAUGUGACGAGGGCCUUCCCAUGUGCAAAGAAUGCGAGAACCGCAACAUCCAGUGCCACGGCUACGGUCCCAAGCCCUCGUGGCUGGACAAUGAGGAGCAGGUCCGCGCCGAGUUGUCGAUGGUCAAGAGGGCUGUCAAGCAGAAUGCGAGGCUGCUGAACAAGGGCCCCGUCAGAGUCGCCGGGCCAGACCCUCAACUGCGGGCAAUUUCAUCCAAGGAGGAGCAGGAGCAGCAACAGCAGGACACUGCCGCCUCCAAGCCCAAGGAGACCCUGUGGGCCCCGUGCCCAACUCGGGAAUUGCGGUAUCGGGAGGCUGAGCUCAUCAUGCUGUACCUGGACUACAUCUUCUAUAUCCAGUACCCGUACUACACCGAUAAUGCCGAGUGCGGCGGCCGUGGUUGGCUGUUCUGGCUGUUGUUGAGCAACCGUCCACUGCGACAGGCGUCGCUAACCCUGGCCGCCCUGUACCAGCGGACCAAAUUCGCGCGAGGCACCGAGUUCAUGGAGGCAGAAUUGAUUGAGUACCACACCACUGCGCUGAGUGCCAUGCGACAUGCCCUGUCAGAACAGGAAAGCGACCUAGCACUCGACGCGGGAGAGAAGCUCGUCAAUUUCAUCUCCAGCGGCUGCUGUCUCAUCAGUUUCGAGGUGUUGCAAGGUGGCUCAUUGAACUGGCAGACGCACCUUGAUGCCCUCACAACCGUGGUCAGCAAGAUCAAGCUGCCUCCGUUCGACGACGUGGAUUAUUUGCCGUCCACACAGCAGGACCCCGGCGACAUCGCGGCUGUCAGGCGUGGGCUGAAGUAUGCAAGACGAUUCGAAAUCACGAAACUGCUGUGGUUCGAAAUUCUUUCAACAGCCUCCACCGGGGUGCCGCCGCGCAUGCCUUACCGACCAUGGCUCGACUCGCAGGAGAUCCUCAUGGCGGACUAUGUCGGCUGCCAUAACUGGGUGAUGCGAGCCAUUGGCGACUUGUCCAUGAUCCAGUUCGGCGGCGACUGUCCCGGCAUAGACCAGAGACGAGAGACGCUGCUCGGCCUCGAGAAGAUGCUGCGCGAGGGCAUUGAAAGGUUGCGCGCAGGAAGCAAAAGGCCAGGCGCCCCGGUUUCGUAUUACAUAUCGCGCGUCUUUGCAACGGGAGCCCUCGUCCUGCUGCACUUCAUCUUGUCGAGCACUCACCCUGCCGAGGCCGACAUCUACGGCGCUGUUGGAUUCGUCAUGGGCGAGCUUCGACAAGCUCCCGCACAUGUUUCGCUCCGGGGCGUGGUUUGGACCAUCUGCAUCGCAGGGUCACUGGCGCAACCUGAUCAGCAGCCAUUUUUCGAGCACCUCAUGACGCGGAUAUUGAACAAGGGGAACAAAUCGCAUCCCAACUUUGGCAACUGCGAGAGCGUUCAACGCAUCUUGAGGCAGUGUUGGACGAAGAGACACGAGGAUCCCUUGGGGGACUGGACGUGGAGAGACGCCAUGGCACAGCUGGGAGACUUUCCGCUGCUUGUUACUUUUCAACACGAUUCCCUUCUGCAACUCUAG